AUGGAACCCUCUGACUGCGAGGAGCGAUGCAAAGACUUCAAGACGUGUACCUUCUACUGGACGGGAACCUCGCAUGGUGCAACCACCUGUCGACUCUAUGAAGGAUGUGACAGCUUGGUCCGUGAGUUCGGCAUGGAAGGCGAUCUCUAUGCCUUGCCCCACAAUGCGAGCUGUCAGGUCGCGAACCCUGAGGGCUGCUGGAAGACGAGCCUUCGGAAGCAGUUCUUGACACAGAAGGAGGGCGUCUCACCGUCCUACACACGUGGUGCUGUGGUGAUGAAUGUGGGAGGUCUUCGUUCAUGGACGGGCAACUCCACCGGAACCAAAAGCCGAGAUGUGACCUACAUCGAGCCCUUUGGCAAUAUGUCCACCAUCAAGCUCCUUGGCUGGUCCUAUUUGCAGAGCGGCAUGGGCUUUGUCCGUGAUGUGCCGGGCAUUUCCACGGCGGUGGUGGAAGGCUUGAAUCCCAACAAGGACUACAAAUACUCCAUCAAGCAGCUGACCAACACCAACAGCAUCAACAACAAGGUCACGGUGAACCAUGGCAGUCAACAGACCCUAACUCAAUUCUCUCGCCGCCGUGGCUACAACAAGGAAGGCACUGUCGCAGCCACUCCACGCGGUGAGUUGGUCUUCGACUUUGAAGCACCGAAGAAUUACCCUUUGAACGUCCACGACCGGACUUCGGGCACUUCCAGUGGCACGGCCUCCGAAAGUUGUCGUCGAAGGUACAAGGUCACGGGCUGCACGUGCUACGCGGAGAGCGGUUUGUGCACCGGAUCCAAGGUCGAUGGUGCCAACUGCUAUGCCUACGGCACCAUGGAUGUUCAUGGCGCGACGGGGAAGUCCAUUUCGGUGCGUGCCAAGGUCCGCUGCAUGGAGCUCCCCUUUGCCAACAGCUACUCCGUGCAGACGAGCAGUGGACCCAGCUUCAGCUUUCUGGAGAGCUUCAAUGACACGGAUGAAGGAGAUCGUGAGGUGAGCUUGGAUGCUGUGGGCAAGGCUCGUGAUGAGGAUGAUGAAUCAGAAGAGAAUCUCCUUGAGUCGGCAGAAGAGACUGAGGAUGUGGACGAAGAGUCCGAAGAUACAGCAGAUGCGCAGGAGGAUGAAGAUGAAGAGGGCGUCAAGGACUUUGAGACUGGAGAGCAAGAAUCUGAGGAUGGAAACAUGCAUGUGGACAUCCAGGAUCACUCCAUGUCGCUCUUGGAAGAAGGCGAGUCAUCGGCCUCCGACUCUCAAGGUUGGCGCCGGCGCCGGCGUCGUCGCCGCAGAAGACGCACCCGCCGCAGACGCUCCCGCCGCAGACGCUCUCGUCGUAGACGCUCUCGACGUAGACGCACCUUGCCCACCUCCGUGUCAUCAACAUGUCCUUCAGGAGAAGAAGUGCUGUCCUGCAAUUGCUAUCCGGACUCCUUCACCGAGAAGGCACACGUUUGGACCGUGACCCAUCAUUGCAAGGAGGUUUGGAAGAGCGGCAGAUCCUGCCAUGCGAAAGGUGGCUACGCGCAGGCGGUGUGUGCGAAGCUUCCAGCACCCGCCACACGGAAUUGGCAGGAAAAGGAUGAGGGACCUACGGCCACAUGCCCCAGCGAUCGCACCCUGUUGGGCUGCUGGUGUAAGAGUACCAGCCACCGAGGAGACAAUUGUGCACGAGUCUGGGCAGAUGGAAAUUCCUGCCGAGCACGGGCCAAUGGCGUUCGAGCACACACCAGCCAUGUGGAUAUCCACGUCACAGCAAACUGUGCAACGAUGAAAACAUCUUUGAUGAUCUUAAGUGAGCUGAAGAUCGAGCUGCAACAACCAGCCAGUUUGGCAGAGACGCCAGUGGUUGAAGCUCGCGCCAUUGGCCACCUGGCUCCCUUGUCCUUCGAGUACAUGCAUUUGCACCAGCAAUGUGAUUCUCUCUUGCUCAUGGGUGGCAUUGGCGUGGAGCAUUGCUCACGGCCCAACUACCGAAAACCCAACUAUCACCCGUGGCAGCAGAAGAAGGUGCUGCCCAUGAGCUUUGUGCAUGGCUCGGAGUUGAAGGUGGGUUGCUGGAAGGAGCGCUUCGAAUCCUUCCGCUCCAAGACGAAGGUGACCCGAGAGACCUUGCACUGCGUGAACGGAGAUUGGUUCAACUCGGUGCAGAGCCCGGAGAUGGGUGCCUUCAGUUGCGAGCCGUGCGUGCUUGUGGGCGGUGGUGGAUACAGCAAGUAUGCCAAGCGAAAUGAGCAGGAGAGUCUUUCGGGACAGGAGCUUUACUUCUUCAGUCGCAUGGCCGUCCGUGUCUACACGGAGCUGGGCUCGGUGGUGGAGACGUCCGCGGCGGCGCACAAGUUCUGCCUGAAGAAGCACAAGACCUUGGCGCAUUCAAUGAUGUUGGAAAACGAGCAGGAAUGCCCUGAGAUUUUGGCAAUCCAACUUUCUACAUCGUCGGAGGUUCAGGAGCGCAUGAUGCUUCUCCUUGACCAAGGUGCUCCGGACAACAACCAAUGCCUGGAGGCCGUGGUCGCUUCGGAUGGCGUCUCACCUUUCGUGGCUCAUAAGACGUGCAAUCCGGACAAUGUGCGGCAGGAGAUUUCUCCCAUGGCCAUCCCGGAAAUCAUGUGGGAGAUGCACUCCGAUGCAGAUCGCAACAGCGGAGAGGAUCUGCACAGCGCCUUUAGCUCCUAUUGUGGUGCCCAUGGAGCACUGAGCAGUUUGUCCUUCGGGCAGAUCUUUGGUGGAGAUAUCGGUGGAACCAAAUCCAACUGUCACUUCGCUCCGGUGAUCAAGUUCGGAAAGUUUGUAGACAGUACCAUCACCUAUGACAAGACCAGCACAAACUGGCCAGACUGGAACACUUUGUUGGCAGAUUCACCCAUCCUUUGUGCGGAUGGUGAAGCUUUGACUGGAUUCAAGCAUCAGCCUGCCAGCAACAAGUUCAGGUAUGAGUGCAGCCGCAUAGGUGGUCUGGGAGCCAAGUAUGAGUACUUCAGUGCACAGGUAGAGGUGAAAGCCUUUGAUGCCAACCGGGCCAACUUCAUCGAAUCCUUGAAGAUGAUCACCGUGGAUUGCGGAAUGAACGGCCUCCUGAGUGGCUUCCACUUCGAAUUCUCGGAGGGCGGUCGAUGGGCGCGCUCCAAGUACACUUGCUCCAAGGCCGGUGGUGCCCCAGUGGUGAUGGAGCCUUCGACCAUGAUCGAGGCGUUGAUCCAAGAUACCGAGGGAGUCUUCUGCCCGAAGACCUUGGACGUGGACACGGGCCGUUACGAGUAUGAGAACAUCAUCACGGGCGACAAGCUGAACUUCCAAUCGAACGGCGCCUGGUGCGUGGCCUCUGAUUGCUCUGCGGCUGUGGGAGGGGCCACUCCGGUGGGUGUGGUGAUGACCACGCAUGAGGUGCUCAAUGUCACGGACUUCGACGGACACUUCGAAGCGAAGGGCGUCCCGAAGUUGGAAGGUGACAGUGCCAAAGACUUAGCCAAGCGGCUCAAAGCCCUGAAGCCGCCCAAGCGCCCAGCACAGCCGCCGAAGCCCAGCUUACAAGUUUACAAGGCAGAGAUGCCUCAAUAUGCAGAAGAAUGUCUCAACUACCAGGACCUCUGGAAGAAGAUUGUUGAGACCCAUGUGAACGAAGAGAAGGAAGAGGUGACUGAAGAGGCCAAGCUGGAAGCGGAUCCCGGCACUGAGGGGCAGGAGUUACUCGACUACCAUCCUUGCCAGGUGGCGAACGAUGCCGGCGGCAUCUUUGGCCGCAUAGCCGGACAGAGCGGCCAACUGGCACCUGAAAACAUGCUCUACAGCGACUGGAACGAUUGCAUGCAGGGCGACAUCAAUCGAGACUUAGUGGCCGCCAAGACUGCCUACGGGGAAGCCGCUUAUGACUUGGUUGCCAGCGCCAUCCAGGAAGGCAUCAAGCUGGUCUGUGCUAUGCCACCGGACGCGGAGAUCGCGCCUUUGGGAGCCGGUGUGGAAGUGGAGCCGGACAGCAUUUGUGACCAGGUCACGGACUUUGUGCGGGCCAUGAUUGACCUGCCCGUUGGUUUCUCAUUUGCCAGCUUCGAUCUCAAGCUGGAAGAGGAAGGCUUCAAUGCCUGCAACCCACUCCAAGUGGGUUUCGCACGGGUCUUUUGUGAUAUUCAUUGCGUCCGGGAUGCCGUGAUCCGUGGAGACCGAAGCAUCUUGAAGAACCUGGAGAAGGCCACAAAGAUUUCCAACGACAACAUGAAAAAGAUGGUGGAUUGGUCCACCGAGGCGAACAGGGCCGAAACGGAAUACUUGGACAAGAAGAUUGACCAUUCCUUGAAAGUGAACACCAUCUACCUGGAGCACAUCUCAAAGAACACUGAGCCGAUUCUCAUCAAGAACACCGCAGCAGCCACCAAGGCAGGAACCAGAGAAAACAGCGCGAACGCUUUGCGUCGCUCCCAAGGCACUGUGAGUCGCCGUGGCACGCAAGAUGCGUUGCAGAGCUUCCUCGUGAGUGCGCAGCAACUUGAGGACACCAACAAGACGUCCCGCUUGAGCCAAGUGCAAGGCUUUCAACGCCAGGUGGAGCUGCUCCAUGAGUCGUUGAAGAUGAACAGCGGCACCUUGAACCGAGCGCAGGUGGUCGGGCGACAGAUCCGCAGCGAAGUGCAGAAGCUGCAGAAGCGCUUCGCCGAGCAGGAACGUGCCUUGAGCAUCUACCGCACUCACAGCAGCUCUGCACAGAAGACGGCCAAGCAGUGGAAACAGGAGGUUCGAGAGGCUAGCAGGUCCCUGGUGAGCUUGGAUCACCUGUGGUGGCGACUUCGAAACCACCUGGACGGCUACCUGGACUCGGCCGAUGUGGAGAUCCGCCGAGUGCAAGCCUCCUUCUUGGCCUUGGAGAACUAUGAGAAUUGCAAGUCAGGCUUCGAGGAGUUGCUCAAGAGCUAUGCCUCCAGCAUGUCCAAGAUGAAGAAGAGCCAUCAGAAGCUAAAGAGCACUUGGCGUGAGGUGAGCAAUUUGAUGGGCGAGAUGGCCUCGAUCAUCCGCGACGGGGACCUCUUUGGUCACGUGAUGCGCGCCGAAGGCUGCGAGUCGCCUUUGGCGAAGCAGACCUUGGACCAGGCACGCUUCGCGGUGCAGGGCAUGGUCUUCCUGCUGCACCGCUUCCAGGCGGCCGGGUGCGGAGGUAAAGAACGGAUUUGUUUCAGGGACGUGGAGGAAUCCCAAACUGCCUAA